AUGGUUGAAGAAACAUUGGUUAAUAAUAAUAGUUCACUUUAUGGGGAUGAUGAUGAAGAUUCAUUUUUCAGAGAAAUUAAAGAAAUUUCAAGAGGUAGACCUAAAACUAGAGAUGAAAUCUCUAUAAAUGAUAGAAGUAGAUUAUCAAGAUGGGAUUCAACUCCUUCCAUGGAUUCAUCACCAUUUUCAUCAAUAUUUAAAACAUUACCACCAGGUUUAACAGAUGAACAAAUUUCAGCAUUAAUAUUACGUUUAAGAAUUGAUGAGAUUACAAAAAAAGUUACAAUUGGACCAAUAGAAAUUACAGACAGAGAUAGAGAUAGAUCACCUUCACCACCACCAAUUUAUGAUAGCAAUGGUAAAAGAUCUAAUACUAGAGAACAAAGAAUUAAAGAUAAAUUACAAAAAGAAAGACAUCACUUAAUUGUUACAGCACAAAGAAUUAGUCCAACCUAUAAACCACCAUCAGAUUAUCAACCACCCAAUGAAAAAAAGAUUAGAAAGAUUUAUAUUCCAAUUAAAGAUCAUCCAGAAUAUAAUUUUAUUGGUUUAAUCAUUGGUCCAAGAGGUAAUACACAAAAACGUAUGGAAAAAGAGAGUGGUGCUAAAAUUGCAAUUCGUGGUAAAGGUUCAUCACGUGAUGGUAAAUCAACUAAAAUACAGUUUCAAGAGAAUGACGAACUUCAUGUUCUUUUAACUGCAGAUACAACUGAUCAAUUAGAUAAAGCUGAAGUAUUAGUUAGAGAAUUUCUCGUCCCUGUUGAAGAGGGUAAAAACGAACAUAAACGUCAACAACUACGUGAAUUGGCCGAAAUGAAUGGCACACUCAGAGAACGUCCUGCAUACAUGGGAAAUCGUAGUUGGACCCCUGUUGAUAUUAAAUGUUCCCAUUGUGGUGAAACUACCCAUCCCUCCUCUGAUUGCCCAUUACGUACAAAUGAAUCAAAUCAACAAUACAUUGAAACCGAAUAUCAAAAAUUCAUUGACGAGAUGUCAAAUGCCUUGGGUUUUGAUAUUAAUCAAUCAAAUGUAGAACCACCACCACAACAACAGAAUAACAAUGGAUAUGAUCAAGGUCAUUAUAAUCGUAAUAGUAACGAAAAUUUAGGCGAUAUGGAUGAAUCACCACCACACCAUCAACAACAAUAUCAAGGUAGCAAUCAGCCACCCUAUCAACAACAGUGGAGCAAUAACAAUAAUGGAUAUAAUAACAACUAUAGCAAUAAUAGCCAACAACAGCAACAACCUUUUUAUAAUAAUCAAAAUAGCUCACCCUAUGGCCCUCCAAGAAAUUACUAA